AUGCGAAUUCUUGCCCUGGUAGCCCUUUUUAUCGCAGCCGUUGCUGCGGUACCUUCUGGUCAAAGAAUUGUGGGUGGUUCAGUCACUACAAUUGAUCAGUACCCCACAAUUGCUGCAGUCCUGCAUUCAUUUGACUGGGUUAAUUAUCGUCACUCUUGUGGCAGUACCAUCAUCAACAACCGAUCUGUUCUGACUGCUGCUCACUGUACCGAGGGUGAGGCACCUGGCCAGUUUAGAAUCCGCGUAGGCUCUUCUUUCCGGAGCACGGGCGGUGUACUUCACAAUGUCGUUUUGAACAUCGUCCACCCUGCAUACAACCCUAGAACUAUGGACAGUGAUAUUGCUAUCCUACGUUCUGCCACAGCCUUUACUUACAACAACAAUGUUCGUGCUGCUUCCAUCGCUGGGUCUAACUACAACGUAGCUGACAACCAAGCUGUCUGGGCUGCUGGAUGGGGUGAUACUUACUCUGGUUCUGGCGCUGGCUCCGAGCAACUCCGUCAUGUCCAGCUUAUGACCAUUAACCAGAAUACUUGUAGAAGUAACUAUGCCAGUAGCUUCUCAGUAACUGAUAACAUGAUGUGCUCUGGCUGGCCUAAUGGUGGUCGUGACCAGUGCCAGCGUGACUCCGGUGGUCCUCUCUACCACAACGGCAUCGUUGUUGGUGUCUGCUCUUUCGGUAUUGGCUGUGCUGACGCUAGGUACCCUGGCAUCAACGUCCGUGUAUCACGAUACACAUCUUGGAUCUCAUCAAACGCUUAG